GGCGCGGGAGCUGGGCGUGGCGGCGGGUUUGGAGAUGCUGGGAUCGUCGCUCCGGAGCUGUAUGCCUGUUAGUAGUGGGAGUAGAGUAAAGGGAAGGAGGGUAUUUGUUCCCCAGAGGACGUUCUGGAUGUGGUUGAACUUCGUGUUCAACAGGUGAGGAGUAAUUUGACAUAUACAAACGGGACAGAAUCUAUUGUAUGAUGGUGCAGAGUAGACCAUAGUCGUGUGGCAGAUGUGGGACCAGACCGGGCAGCGGCAGAGUGGAUUCUUCGACUCGGUGGCUCGGUCAAGUUUGGUUCAUUUGAGUCGUGGACGACAGACUACAACCGCAUGCCGGCAGAGCCCAGGGAGACCACAAGACUGGAGGCUAUCAAUGCCUCCGGAAUAACCAUCACUAACAAUGGCCUGGAGCACCUUGUUGGUCUCGAGGGAGUGUAUCAUCUGGACUUUACCAACUGCAAGUAUCUUAGUGACGAAGGCCUCGUUCACCUGGCUAACGUCAGGGGCUCCCUCCUGGAGCUGGAGCUGAGUGGUUGUCCCUCCAUCAGCAGCUCUGGUCUCCCGUGUCUCUAUGGUCUGUCCAGACUCCAGUACCUGGGACUGAGAGACACUCCAGGGAUCAGGGACAGAGACACUGCCCUGGCUGCCCUCCUGGGAGCACUGCCCCACUGCCAGAUUGGCUCCUGACAUGUUUAUACUGUGUGUGUGUAACUGUAUGUCUCUAUCUCUCUCUCUCUCUGUGUGUGUCGAUUGGUCACAAGUAUGGCUCGACAUUCAAAUUUUUUAUAGUCGAAACUCAUAAACCGACGAAAUAGACAAUAAACCUGCACUCCAUUUAGACAAUGACACAAGAGUAGUUACAUUAUUGUGAUUCUG